AUGGUCCCCGUGACAAUGAGAGACUUUUCAUUCUAUCAAAAAGCUUUAAUCAUACAAGGAAAUGGCAGGGAAAUGUGGCAGAUGGAUUAUCAUCACGGCAACCCAGUGUUCUUCAUUAUCAUCAACAACACCAAGUUACAGAAAGUGCCUGAGGAGUUUCUGAAGCAUUUGAAUGAAGAUUUGCCAAAUGCAGUUCUUAUUGGUCCUUCUGGUGAUAAUUGGCAAGUAACUAUUUUGAAGGAAGGAAAUAACUUGUUUAUGCAAAAUGGUUGGCCACAAUUUCUGACAGACAACUCAGUAGUGCUUGAUGAUUUCUUGCUUUUUACAUAUCAUGGAGGGAACUGCUUCCAUGUUCAAAUUUUUUGUAAGAGUGGAUUGGAGAGGCUAUGCCUCAAAGAAACAAGACAAGAACAAGUUGUCAUCCCAAGUUUGGUGAGGACUAAGAAGAGUGCACAGAGAGUACCAUUUGCAAGUUCAUUCCUCCACAGAUCCAGGUCUCGUCAAAAAGAUCUGUCUCUCCGCAACAAGUUUUCACUUACUAAGGGUUUUUCAAAGCUAAAGAGUUCAAUUAAAAUUGAAAACUCAGAAGCAUGCAACUUGGCAGACACUUUUACCUCUCGCAAUCCUCAUUGGAAGCACCUCAUGACUAAAUGCAAUGUGGAAGAUCACUGCACAUUGCCAAUUGCUACUGAAUUUGCUAGGAAACAUAUCCCUGAAGCAGUGAAACAGAUCAUUCUUUGGAACUCAGAAGGCAAAUUUUGGGAAGUGGUAGUGACUUGGUUUGGAUGUCAAAACAAGAGGUAUACUCGAUUUACAACAGGAUGGGGAAGAUUCGUUCGUGAUAACAGACUCAUGAGAGGUGAUACUUGCAUAUUUGAACUUGAAGAUGAAAACCAUUUGAGUGUUCACAUAUUCAGAACAGGAUCAUAUGCAAGAAAUUAG